GAGAAGUGUAGGUCAACUGCAAGCAUGGCAAGCGGUGAUCGCCGCGAUGUGGUGGCGGUUGUGAGCGACUACUUCCUGUCCUUCGAGCAGAAGCUGCUGUCGGUCACCUACGCUUUAAUCGGAGCGUCAGCCGGCUUUAUCAGCGGAUCCAUCAAGGCCAGCCACCAGCUGCAGCAAAACUUCACCAGCGCAGAUGGUUUGAGGGAGCUGUGGUUGGGCAGCAAGCAUGCGGGCGAGGAGAAGGACACGCGCUCUUUCUCAGACCUGCUCACAUCCUGGGUGCCUUGGCACCAGGGAGGCCCACCCCCCGUCAACGGACUUCCUGCACUGGAUGCGAGCUCUCCAGCACCCCAUGCACACACCAACGGGGUGGCCAGUGACACGGACUCUGAGCAUGUGACCAGCACGGCAGCUCCUAUCAAGCCCAUCAAGGAUGCAUCUGACGAGCUCACCGACACGUUUGCCGAGCCGGCCGCAGCUGCGAAGAAGCCGCGCAAGAAGCUGUCCGAUAUCUUUGCUAUCAAGCGCUCCACCACCAGCGAGGAGACAGAGGCCAUCCCAGUGCACCAGGUGGUCUCCCCGAUGGACUCCUUCGCCACGACUGCAUCAGUCACCUACACCGAUGACUCAGCGUUGGUCAGCGGGCCCCCCACCCGCACCGUCAGCUGGGACCGGGACGGUAUGUGCUCCGAGACCGAGGCCAGCGGGGAAGGGGAGGAGGCAGAGGGCAAGCACAAGAAGAAGCGCAAGAUCCUCAAGAAGCUGGGCAAGAAGGUGAAGAAAGCCUUCGAGCCCCUCACCAGCCACAGCUGCUCCUCCUCCCCCAAGAAGGCCUGAGCGGCCAGCAGCGGUCAGGAUGCAGCCAAGUGCAGCCUGUUCUACUGCUCUAAUGGUGGCUGGUCAUUUACAAAGGCAUGCAUGAUAAGUCAUCAAGGAUCUCCCAGGGCUUGCAUGGCUUUGUACCAGGAAGCUUGAGGUUGUGGGCAGGGGAUUUGAUUCGCAGAUGUUAGGGUGGUGUGUACGGCUAGGGGAGGUGGCGUGUUCUUGGAGCUCACAGGUGCUAGGAUUAGGAUGGUAGGAGUCCCGAUGGGGGCCUGAUUUGUACUAAAGCCUAUUCAUUGUCUCAUUUAUGAGGUGCUGUAUCAGGUGGUCUAUUCCUUCCUGGCUCAAUUGCUAAUGUCACGUCGCUGCAAUGCAUGCAAUAAGGUUUACCAGGUUCCUGUGUGUGGUCGUCGAUGCAUGGCAAGCUUGUCUGCUUGUGCACCAAGGGGCAAUCAGCUGCUGUGAUUUCUUUUCCUCUGUACAUUUUGUCCCGAGUGUUGUGCUCUCUCAUGCUGUGGUGGUGUGUAGGCUUGUGCAUUUGAUCAGGAUUUGUAUCUGUCUUAGUCAUGAUGCCGUGUGUCAUUGCUUUGUGUUAGGAUCAUUCCUGCAUGUGCUCCAUGCCAUAGUGCCAUUUGAAGCGUUCCUCACGUGAGGCACAGCCAGAGUUAUUGAGGCAGGCUGCUCACUAUUGCAGUGGUGUACAUUCAUUUAAAUCUGCUUUGCAAUAAUUCUUGAGCUAGAGAAGCAUUAUUGGUUGCAAACAGGGGCUCUAUAUUUGGGAAACCUCUACCACGUGAUAUGAGCUCUUGAGAAAAUUCCAGGCGAUUGCAGCGCCAGUACCUCAAUUGAUGUGAAUUUUCUUGCACAUGUUGACUACUGCCAACAACAGCAUUUGAUCCCUGCAAUGGGCACUAGGCCCAUUGCUGUGUCCUUCGUAUGUAAUCAAAUUCCUG